AUGGGUCCUGGCAUCUGCAAGGCCGUGGUCUCCCCAGCGGCGCAGCCAAAGCGCGCGGCCGUGCAGUGGCCAUGGGGCCGAGGCGAGCUUUGCGCGAAGGACGUGCGCUGCCCCACGGCCACGAUCCUCCCGAUCGUGGCGCGCUUCGUGGAGACGUCCACGGAUCUCGUCCGGCUGCAUUCAGGCACGCUGCUCAAUCUCGCCGAUGCGCUGAGUGGUGCAGGCCUGGAGAAACUGCAGGAUCAGCUCGCCACUCGCACCGGCGAGGCAAUGGACGCCGCACUGAAGGUGUGG